CAAGUUAUCCUAUUCCUUUAUCAGUCAGUUUAUUCGCCUUUUUAAACCACAGCUAUGUAUUGAACAGAGGUUUUCCUUGAACUGCCCAGGUCUUUUUUCCUGGGUGUUUACAGUUAACUUAGAAUCUUCCCCUCCCCACUACCAUGUUUGUGAAUAGUUCAGAUUAUUACUCCCAGUGUACAUUACCUUGCAUUUAUGGACACAGAAUUUUAUCUGCCAUUGUACUAUCUUGGAUUAAGUUCCUCAUAAUCUUCCUUAGUCUUGACUAAUCUAAAUAUUAAUAAUAAUAAUUUGUAUUGGCACCCAGAGGCCCCAGUAAAGACAUGGGUCUCAUUGCACUGACUGCUAUACAAAUACAGUGAGGGACAGUUCUUGUCCAGAAGAGUUUACCAUCUAUAUAGACAAGACAGGCAAAGGGUGGGAGAGGAGAUGGCACCACUGGGAAAUGAAGUGACUUACCCAAGGUCACACAGCGACAGAAUUAGGAUCAGAUCAAGGAUCUCCUGCAGGACCUGGACGCUGCCUACCAGUUAACCGGGAUGAAGCUGAGUCUCUCCAAAGUGGUCAGUGGGUGUCGUCUUGGGACACUGACAAACCUUGGCAAGAAUGGGGUUCAAACCAUGGAGCUUCCAGGCUGCCUACUGUAUACCAAAACAGGAUCCCCACCACACCUCACCCAUGACACACUGCCGGCAAUUAAAGGGGUUCCUACUGUUGUACAGCUCACGCUUUCAACUCUGGUAGAACUUCACGAGGUCAUGGAGGAAUAUAAGGAAGGAACUGGGAAAUUUAUAGGUAUGCCAGAGUCAGUGCUGUACUGCUCUCUCCAUGACCCCGGUACCCCCUGCCCAUCUGGCUACAACAACAACAAGACAGUGUCCAUAUGGGGAUAUGGAGGGCGAAUGGAAAUGACAGCUUCCAAGUUCAUAAGCAUGCAGCGUGCUCUCCAGCCAGAUUGGCUUCAGUGCCUCUCUGACGGAGACACUAUUUCUGGUGAAACCUCCAGAAAGCGGGCCAAGAAGUCUGUGGACCGGUCGCUUUCCUUCCUGGAUGAGUGCCUUCAGCUGCAGGAGAAAUCACCAGAGCUGCAGGGCAGUGUGAUGGUUGGAGUGAUCGAAGGCGGGGACGUGUUGGAGGAGAGACUCAGGUCGGCUAAAGAGACUGCCAAGCGACCUGUGGGUGGUUUCCUGCUGGAUGGUUUUCAGGGACAAGCCAUGGCCAAGGAGACCAAGCUGAAACUGAUGGCCUCUGUCACAGCGGAGCUGCCCGAGGAUAAACCAAGACUCAUUCAUGGUAUUGGCAAGCCGGACGAGGUACUCGAGUGCAUUGAAAGAGGAGUGGACGUGUUUGAGAGCUUUUUUCCCUACCAGGUGACAGAGCGGGGCUGUGCCCUAUCCUUCAGCUACAAUUACAAUCCUGACCCUGAAGCUGCAGUCAUUAAACAAAAUGGGAUCCAGGAUGCAGGAAAAAAUGGCACUGAAAAAGACAUAAAUGAAACCUCAAAAGCUGACCCAGAAAUAACUUUGUUCGAGAUAUUUUUGAAGGAGAAAAGGUACCGGGAUGAUUUUGGUCCCUUGGUGCACGGAUGUACCUGUUACUGCUGUCAGAACCAUAGUCGAGCCUACGUCCAUCACCUCCUGGUGACCAAUGAGCUGUUGGCUGGUGUCCUGCUCAUGAUGCAUAACUUUCAGCACUACUUCAGCUUCUUCCACUCCAUCCGAGCUGCACUGAGAGAUGACAGGCUGGAUCAACUGAAGGAGCUCAUCUUCAGGCAGGCACUCUGAGACCCAGGAAAUGCAUAGCCAGGCCAGUGAGUGUAGGGGAGAAGAGGUGGGAGAGAACUAGUGAAGUGGGGAAGG